AAAAAAAACAAAACAAAUUGCAAAUUUUGUGAAUUUCGUUUCUCGCUUAUUUUUGUUAAUUUUUUUUGUUUUGAAAAAUAUUAUUAAAAAUUAUUGAAAUGGAAAAUAAUGUGAUUUCUAUGAUAAUAUUAAAUGAAAAUGUUAUUGGUUCAGACACCGAUAGUGAUUUUUCGUCGGAUUCCUCUUCAGAUGAUUGGAAUGAAAGUGUAACGAAUGUGAUUACCUUUUCUUUGAUGAAAUGUAAAAGAAAUUGCAUUCAAAGUUACUUACAAGAAGUUGUUCCAACCUACUCCGAGAAAGAGUUCGUCACUCACUUCCGGGUAGGAAGUGGACUCUUCAAAAUAUUGGUCGACAAAUUUUCAACUUCUGAAGAGUACCUUAAAUUGGAACAGCGGAAAACGUUUUCGGCAGAAGUACACUUAGCUCUAUUCCUGUGGUUUGCAGGGCAUGAGGCUUGCUCAUUUCGAGACAUUGGGGAUAGAUUCAAUCUUGCCUUGGGGACUGUCUCGAUUAUCAUAAAGAGAGUAAUUUACUUCCUUAGUAACCUUUGCGAAACAUCUAUAAAAUGGCCAAACGAUGAAAGGAAAUCCUAAACUGCUCAGUGGAUGCAAAAUAAGACAGGAAUGUAUGGAGUUAUUGGUGUAAUUGAUGGUACACGCAUUCGGAUUGACCCUCCUAAGCAUGGGAAAAAUGAUUACAUUGACAGAAAGAACAUAACGAGUGUUUGCCUACAAGCUAUAUGUGACGAAAGGAAAAAGUUCAUUGACAUUUUUGUUGGCCAUCCAGGUUCCCUCCAUGACAACAGAGUCUAUGAAAAUUCAACCAUCUACAAUCAGCUACCAAAUCGAUGUGGAACCUUUUAUCUCUUAGGAGAUUCAGCGUAUGCAUGUUCGCAGUACAUGAUCACACCGUAUCGUGACAAUGGUCAUUUAACGUCGCGGCAAAAAUUUUUCAAUCGAAAGCUUAGCUCUGGCCGAAUUGUAAUAGAGCAUUCUUUCGGCAUUUUGAAACAAAGAUUUCGGCAGCUCUAUUACUGCAAAUUGAGAGGGAUGAAAAAACUGUGCCAUUUUGUAAGAGCCUGCAUUGUUCUUCACAACAUGUGUAAUGACGAUGAGUUUACAAUUGAAAUUGAGCAGGAACCUGUAGAAGAAAACCAGCAGGAACACAAUGCACAUGAGCAGGCGCAAGGAGCAACCCGCCGCAAUACUUUAUGUGACGAAGUAUAUUCCUAUUUUAAUUGAGAAAUUAUUCAAAAAGUCAGUCUUUAUUCUUUUAUAAAAUCACUUUAUUGAUUGUUGUUUUACAAUUACAUUUAUGAAACGAUACAUUAAUUAUUACAUUAUUAUUACAAAAACAUUUACA